GAGAGAGAGACGUCCUUCGGUGCACCUCAACCAGAGUUGCGUCGCCUCUCGUGUAUAUAUAUACACGGUUACGCGGAUAUACGUAGACACUAGUGCAAAGAAUAGACGAGGAGAAGUGUGCGCGAUCUCGCGCAAGAAAGAAACGAGCGGACACGUGACAAAGGAGAUCGCGGAAACGCGCGUAUACGCGACACCUUACUCUUUUAACCGCAUACGCGAGUGAAGCAUUACGACGCGAGUUUAAACGCGCUCUUUCUCUGCUUGUUUUUUUUUCUUCUUCUUUUCCUUUUUAUCCCUCUUUUCUCUUCACAAUUAUAUACCAAGGGGAACUUGUUCCUCUCUAUAUUUCUUUUUCCCUUAUACCUUACUCCCGCUUUGGGUUCAGUUUUCUUUAACCUUUGAGAAAGUCAACGCGAUGUCCAAAAUAUCGACGACGAAAAAGAAUAUGCUCGACGGCAUGUUCACAGAAACGGGAAGCUUCACCUCCAACGGAAGCAUGAUCGUAGUGAGCAACAGGUUGCCGUUUGUGCUGAAGAGAAACGAGCUGUCUGGUAAACUGGAACGAAAGGCCAGCGCCGGUGGUCUCGUAACUGCGGUUGCACCGGUCGUAAUAAGUGGAAAUGGAGUUUGGGUCGGAUGGCCUGGCAUGCAUAUGGAGAAUCUUAAUGAACCGAUACCAGAAUCGGAUCCAAACGAUCGAACGCCAACAGCCGGUCUUCUAUCUAGUAAGGUCGUAGCCGUACACGUAGAUCCUGGUAUCUUCGAUUCUUACUACAAUGGGUGCUGUAACGGAACGUUUUGGCCGCUAUUUCACUCGAUGCCGGAUAGGGCGACUUUUAUCGCCGAUCAUUGGCGCGCUUAUUCGGCUGUCAACGAAAAAUUUGCAGCCAAGACGGUCGGCGCUUUGGAGCAGAUCCACAAGGAACAAGCGAAUCAGAAUAAUGGUACUCCUCUUGUUUGGAUUCACGAUUAUCACUUGAUGACGGCAGCCAAUUGGGUCAGACAGGUCGCUGAUGAAAAGAAUCUGAAAUUGAAGUUGGGCUUUUUCCUUCACAUUCCAUUUCCACCCUGGGACAUAUUUCGACUCUUCCCAUGGGCGGACGAGAUACUUCAGGGUAUGCUAGGUUGCGACAUGGUCGGUUUUCAUAUUCAAGAUUACUGCUUGAAUUUCGUCGACUGUUGUCAAAGGAGCCUCGGCUGCAGGGUCGAUCGUAAAAAUUUGUUGGUCGAGCACGGUGGUAGAACCGUACGCGUACGGCCACUUCCAAUCGGCAUACCCUUCGAUAGAUUCGUCUCUCUCGCUGAAACGGCCAACAAGGUUAUGCUUACCAAUCAAAAGAUUGUCCUGGGUGUCGAUAGACUCGAUUAUACAAAGGGUCUUGUACAUCGUUUGAAGGCCUUCGAAAUGUUGCUGGAAAAGCAUCCGGAACAUCGUGAACAGGUAACCAUGCUACAAAUCGCUGUACCUUCGAGAACGGAUGUGCGAGAGUAUCAAGAUUUGAAGCUCGAGAUGGAUCAAUUGAUAGGAUGUAUAAACGGACGUUUUACCACGCCAAAUUGGUCGCCGAUACGUUAUAUCUACGGUUGCGUCAGUCAGGACGAAUUGGCGGCUUUUUACAGGGAUGCCGCCGUUGCUCUGGUCACCCCUCUCAGGGACGGCAUGAAUUUGGUUGCGAAGGAAUUCGUUGCUUGUCAGAUAAACACACCGCCGGGCGUUUUGAUAGUAUCACCCUUUGCCGGUGCCGGCGAAAUGAUGCACGAGGCCUUGAUAUGUAAUCCUUAUGAGAUAGACGAGGCCGCCGAAGUGAUCCAUCGGGCUCUCACUAUGCCGGAGGACGAACGUACUCUGAGGAUGAAUCAUUUGCGCCGUCGUGAAAGGAUUUACGACGUCAAUUAUUGGAUGAAAUCCUUCCUUCAAGUCAUGGGCUCGCUCGAGGAGCACGAUUCCGUCGGUGCUACGACGAUGCAACCGGUAACGAUGGACGAUUUUGACGAUUACCUGAGCAAGUCCCCUAGGUAUAUCGGCGAUAAUCACAAGUUGGCCCUCUUAUUGGAUUACGACGGGACCUUGGCACCGAUCGCAACUCAUCCGGAUUUGGCGAUCUUGCCGUUGGAAACGAAGAACGUCUUGCACAGACUCUCCAACAUGUCCGACGUUUAUAUAGCCAUUAUAUCUGGUAGAAAUGUGAAUAAUGUUAAAUCAAUGGUCGGUAUAGAGGGUAUCACUUACGCCGGUAAUCACGGCUUGGAGAUUUUACAUCCCGAUGGAAGCAAAUUCGUUCAUCCUAUGCCGAUCGAAUGCGAAGGAAAGGUGGCCAAUUUGAUGCAAGCUCUGCAGGAUCAGCUGUGCAAGGACGGUGCAUGGGUAGAAAACAAAGGAGCCUUGCUAACGUUCCACUAUCGCGAGACACCGAUGGAAAGACGUCCCGAAAUGGUGAAUCAGGCAAAGAAAUUGAUCGAGAAGUCCGGUUUUAAGGCAUGCUCGGCGCAUUGUGCCAUAGAGGCGAAGCCCCCCGUCGAAUGGAACAAAGGGCGAGCCUCGAUCUAUAUUCUCCGUACGGCUUUUGGUUUGGAUUGGAGCGAACGAAUAAGGAUCAUUUACGCCGGUGACGAUGCCACCGACGAGGAUGCUAUGAAAGCUCUAAAGGGUAUGGCUGCUACCUUCCGCGUAGCUUCGUCUCACAUUAUACGUACGUCGGCUGAAAGACGUUUGCCAAGUACGGAUUCGGUUCUAACCAUGCUAAAAUGGGUCGAGAGACAUCUUAGCAAGCGUAAGCCGCGUAAUAGCACCGAAAUACAAUCGAAAUUCCGGCGCAGUAGUGCAGGUAUCACCAUGGAGAUGUCUUAUACACCGACGAGUACACCGACUAACGCAACGUUAGAAUCGUAAACGGUACUUUUGUAGUAUAUACGUAUUUUAUUUAAAAUACGUUAGCGUGCCGAUCUGAUAUCUAUGACUAAUCGGAUCAAACGCCAGGUUUAUAAUAAUCUACUUUUAGUAAGAAUACGACGAUAGACGAUGAGAGAGAAAGAAGGAAGUAUAGGAAGGAUGAGAAAUAUAGGGAAACAAGAGUAACAAUGAUCGUAACACUGUAUCGUGUACUGCAAAAGAAACAAAACGUAUGCGAUCUAUGGAUAUCGAUAUCCUGAGGAGACUGUCAUUUUUAUAAAAAAAAACGUCGAUCGUUUAAUAAAUUUUAAUUUCUUCGUUAAUCAUAUUCACCGGUACGGUCGCGAGUACGAUGAUACUUCCACGACGUCUGACGGACGUAUAAAUAUACAUAAUACGUACAAGAUAAUAGAUAAUUAGUUAGAAAAUGGAACUGAAUUUUUCAACUUUAAGCCACAUAGUAUCUCUUUUCCUUUUCUCGAAAUCGAGAUCGAUGUUUUCUUAGGAAUUAGUAGACAACUUUUAGUCUGAUCUACGUUUCUAUGAGAGAUCAUGAUAAUAAAAAGUAAACGUGUCCAAAGAACUCGCUGCCGUUGUAUCCAGGCGAUGGAAGAGGCUCCAUAGAUUUACGAGGAGUAGAACUUAGUCGUUCGAUCUUGGAUGUUAUACGUUGUCCAAGGAAGAGGAAGAAGGAGAGAAUAAGAAAAAAAAAUGAGAGCAGUUUAGAAUAGAUCGUGCGUAUGUUCCUUUUUUUUCCAUUGGAUUUUACAUUUUUCAAGAGAAAACGUAAAAAAAAUUCGGAACGCGCUAUAAAAUAACAAUAAUAAUAUUUCUUUCGAAAGAAUUUUCCCGUAAUGAUCGAGAUCGAUCUUCCUCUUUAUAUCUCUUUUCUCUUCGUAAUUAUUUUUUAUCUUUAAUCUUUAAAAUGAUCAGAUAUCAAUCAGUCGUGUGAGACGGUGGUAAAGAAGAAUAAUUUUUAAGAAAGAUCAAUUGUAAAGAAUUUUUGUCAUCUUAAUAACAUCUUCCGUCAAAUAUCAUUGGUAUACUUGGUAUCGUAAAGAAAGUCGCUUAUUCAUUUGCAGCUUCUUCGAUAACGUUUCUUUUCAUAUUGGGUGCUCUUUUAUAAAGUUAAACAUUUAAUUGAUUGAUUGAUUGAUUUAUUUGAACAAGAUGAAAAGUUUCUUCGAAAGUUACAGUGCCAAUCUAAAAUCUCAUAUCAAUAGCGUAUUAAUAAAUGUCAAUUUAGGGGUAAGGAGUUAACAAGCGUGUACCAAUAUCUUUUACAUGCGUAUCUCUUAAGCAAUACAUGCAUAAUGAAUGUGCGUUAGCGAUACUAUAUUUUAUUGACGAAACAAUGAUAUAUAGACUCGAUAAGUAAAUUGUAAGAUUCUUAUAGAUUUUUCACUUUUUCUAAAAAUAGUAUAAGUCGUACGAGACGUUAUUUUUUUUUCUAUAAGUUUUUCAAGACUCUCGAAACGCUAUUGAUCAUUUCUUCGUGUGAAAUAUCUUUACAAAAGUUUGCAAGACAAAACGCGACGAUUUGAAAUGUCCUCCAUUUUGCGAGACACGAAAGAGUAACUUUAUCGAUUCUUCAUUCCCACCGAUCGAUCUUUUUUAAAUAUGUACUAUAUGUGUAAAUACAUGCAUACGCACGUACAUGUAAACAAAUGUAAUACGCGCACACAUACACACACAUACACACACGCGCGCGCGCGCGCGCGUUCACACAUACAUUUACGUUCUAUCGUUAAAUCGUUAAUCGUACUAGAUGGCGAAAUAUUACCACGUUACGUGGAACGACCAAGAAAAUUAAUUUUCCGCACAUUCGUUGAUUUCCUCUCUCUCUCUCUCUCUCCCCGCCCCUGUUCGUUUCCUUUUUCUUACCCUUUUCUUGUCCUUCAAAUGAACGAGAAUUAUACCUUGUUCAAAGUCUAUUGAAAACGAACGAGAAUGGCUCGUUACAAUGUUCUCACCUACGUACACUUUUGAAACGAAUGUAUAUAUAUAUAAAGAGUGCAGAAUUUUGAAUCUUA